AUGGUAAAAUAUUUAGAUGAGGAGUACACCAUUCCACAUUUCACUCAUUUUCAUCCCUUAAAACUUGUUGAUUUCAACCACAAAGAUGGAGUGAUCUGCUCCAUUUGUGAAGAGCUUUGCUCUUCUUCUUCUUCUUCUUCUUCUACCUACGGUUGCAUGGGAUGCAAUUUUUUCCUUCAUAAAUCUUGCAUGAAGAGCAUUCCGCGACAGUUGAUCAAUCAUCACAUCCAUCCAUGCACUCUCAUAUUCAUCACAGACCCUUACGGUAGAGAAGAAUGUGAUUGUUGUGGCGAGCAUAUUGUCCCCGGCAUGAAGUUCAGCUGUGGAGCAUGUGAAUUCGGUCUCCAUGUCAAAUGUGCCCUAUUUCCCACCAUAGACUCUGAAGAUGCCAAAGAGAUCCAACACUUCUGUCACCCGCAUACACUAGCUCUUGUCCAAAACGAUGAAGAAUAUGGCAGCGAACCUCGUUGUGUAGCAUGUGCACAGAUUUGCUUAGCUCCCGCACCAACUUUCAGGUGUAGCAGAUCAUGCGACCUCUUCUUUUUACAUAAAUCAUGCUAUGUUAAAUUACCUUACAGCUCUGUAAAUUUUAAGCAUCCUUUUCAUUCCAAACACCCUCUCACCAUCAAAUACCUUCCAUACAAUGAUCAUAUCCGCACUUGUGAUGCAUGUUUCCGAGGCAUUGAUUCAACUCUCUUAGCAUAUAGCUGUCGGAAAUCUGAGUGUAAGUUUAACCUUCACUUGGAUUGUUAUAAACUGCUGCCCUCUAUUACGUUUAGUGGCCAUCAACACCUUCUCACUCUCUUUGAGAAAACAGCCGAUGUUACUUGCCAUCUUUGUGGUGUAAACUGCCAUAACUUCGUCCUUCGAUGUGUGCUAUGUGACAUUAACAUCCAUUUCCAGUGUCAUCCUUCAGCACCUGAAACAAUAAAGCACAAAUCUCAUCUCCAUCCUUUAACUCUUACAAAAUCUCUUUUUGAAUUUGAGUUGAACUCGGAUGAAGAAGAGGAAGAAUUUUAUUGUGAUGUUUGCGAGCAAAAAAGAAACCAAAAGGAAUUGAUUUAUUAUUGCGCCGAGUGCAAAUUUAUUGCUGAAGUCAAAUGCGUGUUUUCUGCGGUGUUAUCAUUAUUUUCUGAGGACAAUUCAUUUGAAAAAGAAAUAUCGAAAGAUGAUAUGACUGAAGUUUGUCUAGAAAUUCAAAAAUGGCAGGUGGAAAAUCUCCUACUAAAGCGCAUCAGAUUACACGAAGGACUACAGGUAUUAGAAACAAAAAUGAAGCAAUUAGAAGAAGAAUCGAAUGGUGUGAAAAAGGAGAUGAGGAGGACAGAAGGUAUGCUAGGCAACCUAGUGGGAGGUAGCUCAAUACGGUUAAUCAAACUAGUGGAAAAUAAUUCUCAAUUGCGAGAUUUGUUCAAUAAUGCCAAGAAUCAAGGUUUGAGGAUCGAACGAUAAGAAAAAAUUAAAAAAUAUUUGUAAUAAAAUUAUUUGUAAAAAUAAUAAUUUAAAAAUAAAUAUGAAAAUAAUAUUCUACAUUUGAUUAUACUUUUAAGCAUAUUAAAUUAGGUGAAAUAUAUGAAUAUUUUAAAAUAAAACUAAUCGUUAUUCACAA